GCCGGGCGGCCAUAUUGCGGAGCUGUCUGCGGUGGUGGCGGCGGCGGCGGCCUCUCCUUUCCGUCGGCCCAGCGCUCGCACCACCGCCUCUCCCUUCCUGCCGCAGCCGCGACGCCCGGCGCCGCCGCGCAGCGCCCCAGCCACACGCCGGGCGGGCGGGAGCCGCUAGCUGUCGGGAAAGUGACAACAGAAUACAUAGAAGUGAAGAUUUUUUAAAGAAGGUAGAAAAAAGAGAAGGAAAAUGCCGAAACCAAUCAACGUAAGAGUAACUACAAUGGAUGCUGAGCUGGAAUUUGCCAUUCAGCCCAAUACAACUGGCAAACAACUUUUUGACCAGGUGGUGAAAACAGUUGGUUUGCGUGAGGUUUGGUUUUUUGGGCUGCAGUAUGUAGACAGCAAAGGUUAUUCCACGUGGCUUAAACUAAAUAAAAAGGUGACCCAGCAAGAUGUUAAAAAAGAGAAUCCCUUACAGUUCAAGUUUAGAGCAAAAUUCUUUCCUGAAGAUGUUUCUGAGGAGUUAAUUCAAGAAAUUACCCAGAGACUUUUCUUCUUACAAGUUAAAGAAGCCAUCUUAAAUGAUGAGAUAUAUUGCCCACCAGAAACUGCAGUUCUUUUGGCUUCCUAUGCUGUCCAAGCCAAGUAUGGAGACUAUAACAAAGAGAUUCAUAAAACAGGCUACCUGGCUAAUGAUAGACUCCUACCCCAGCGUGUUUUGGAACAACACAAACUGACAAAAGAACAGUGGGAAGAAAGAAUACAGAACUGGCAUGAAGAACACAGAGGAAUGCUAAGGGAAGAUUCUAUGAUGGAAUACCUGAAGAUUGCACAAGAUCUAGAAAUGUAUGGAGUCAACUAUUUUGAAAUAAAAAAUAAAAAGGGAACUGAAUUGUGGCUAGGCGUUGAUGCUUUGGGCCUGAAUAUUUAUGAGCAUGAUGACAAGUUAACACCUAAAAUUGGUUUUCCCUGGAGUGAAAUCAGAAAUAUUUCAUUUAAUGACAAAAAAUUUGUUAUAAAACCAAUCGACAAAAAGGCCCCUGAUUUUGUUUUUUAUGCACCUCGUCUGAGAAUCAAUAAACGGAUUUUGGCUUUAUGUAUGGGAAACCAUGAACUAUACAUGCGAAGAAGGAAGCCUGAUACUAUUGAAGUACAACAAAUGAAGGCUCAGGCAAGGGAGGAGAAACAUCAGAAGCAGUUGGAAAGGGCACAAUUAGAGAAUGAAAAGAAGAAAAGAGAAAUAGCAGAAAAAGAAAAGGAAAGAAUAGAACGUGAAAAGGAAGAGCUAAUGGAACGUCUAAGGCAGAUUGAAGAACAGACAAUGAAAGCUCAGAAAGAACUGGAAGAACAGACUCGAAAAGCUCUAGAACUGGAUCAGGAACGAAAACGAGCAAAAGAAGAAGCAGAACGGCUUGAAAAGGAGCGUCGAGCUGCUGAAGAGGCCAAGUCCGCUAUAGCAAAACAAGCUGCUGACCAGAUGAAGAAUCAGGAACAGCUAGCAGCAGAACUUGCCGAAUUCACUGCCAAGAUUGCACUUCUAGAAGAAGCCAAGAAGAAAAAGGAAGAGGAAGCUACUGAGUGGCAACACAAAGCUUUUGCAGCCCAGGAAGACUUGGAAAAGACCAAAGAAGAGUUAAAAACUGUGAUGUCUGCCCCCCCUCCACCUCCUCCACCACUAGUCAUUCCUCCAACAGAAAAUGAACAUGAUGAACACGAUGAGAAUAAUGCUGAGGCUAGUGCCGAAUUAUCAAAUGAAGGGGUAAUGAACCAUAGAAGUGAGGAAGAGCGUGUAACAGAAACACAGAAAAAUGAGCGUGUUAAGAAGCAACUUCAGGCAUUAAGUUCGGAAUUAGCCCAAGCCAGAGAUGAAACCAAGAAAACACAGAAUGAUGUUCUUCAUGCUGAGAAUGUUAAAGCAGGCCGUGAUAAGUACAAGACUCUGCGACAAAUUCGACAAGGCAAUACAAAGCAGCGUAUUGAUGAGUUUGAAGCAAUGUGAGAGCUGUUAUUUUGCAUACAUGUUCUUCAUAAGCUGAACCACCAACAGAGAAAAGCAGGCCUAUGCAGAUGUGAUGGAAUGCAUCCCACCUUGCCAAAGCACUUAUACCAGUUUGACUGUGGUAGCUAAAAGACAAAUUUAAGGGGAGCUCUUCAACAUUAAGGCAGUGUAAUGUCAUGCUUGAUUUUCUUUUUCUUUUGGGCGAGGGAAUGGAGAAUGGUGUUCCAUCACCUCUUUUCACUUUUUUCAUUUUUCAUUUUUUUUUUCUGUUGAAGAUUAACACUAAUUAUGUUUGACAAAUGUGUAUGUGUGGUUUGAGCACUUUGUAAAUUUUAAAGGAUAAUGGUGAACGUUUUGAGCGUUUAGAUAGAGCAUUCUGUUUUCUCUUGCCCCUUCCAUAUUUAACCUGCAUAUAUUUCCACAUUCUGUCUCACUCACAUUUCUAUGUGCCCUUCUCAUAUCCUGCCAUGCCUAUAGCAUAAUUCUGCCACCAUACAGAUCAGGCAGUAUUUCAAAUGGUAGUAGGUAGCAGGGUGGACACUCUCUGUGCAUUGUGUAGAAGAUAUCUAUGAAUCAUGAAAAGGAUUAGAAUGUUUAAUAGUGUAGUGUGCAGCUGAUGGAUAAUUUUUCUUAAUUCCAGUUAAUUACAUUUUUGGGUAUUGGUUAUUUGCUUACUUAAUUAUGGUCAUCUUUGACAACUGAAUUGAUUGGUUUUUCAUCUUCUAUAAUCCUCUGAUGGUUUUCUUUGCCAGCCAGUUCACAGAGGUGUACACAGCAGGUAGUAAGUAGUUCCCUAGGAGAGUUUAUUGAUGAAACACUACCUGCAAAUAAGUUGUCUCUGAAAGAUUUGAAAAGUCUUGUUCUUUCGUAGAUUGGUUUAGAAAAAUAGAUAUCUAAUAAAAGAAAAUAAACAUUUCUUGGUAAUUAUAAUCAUUAAAAAAAAAAAAAAAAACGGGAUCUUUGUGGAAGGGCAGCAUAUGAAAA